AUGGAGAGUCAGAUAUUGCUUGAUAUAAGAUCAGUAAUAGACAGUGGACUUGUAACUGAAAUAUUUAGUCAAAACGGUCCCGUUACUUCUGAAAACUUCAAUCUGGAAACUCCAAUAACUAAUAAACCCAGUGAAGAAGGAUUGCUGCCAACUCAAGACAAUCAUUUAUGCACCGUAAACGUGGGAGAGACUUUGCUAGAUCACUUCACAUAUCCACUUACAAUUGAAAAUCAAAAUACAAUAGUAAAAGUUGAAGUACAUCCACAUGGAAACAACAGCUGUGGUGAUGAAGAUCUUGAAACGUACAAGGAAUUAAACCUUCCAGAAGCUCCAGAAUCUGAACAUAUGCAUUUGUCUUAUCUGCCUUCAAAUGGCGUCCACUUUCUUUCUUCUGCAGUGAUGCAGCAUAGUAAUUGCAGUGUUCCAACUUCGAGCAUUUUCUCUGCAGAAGGAACAGUCAGUCAAAAUGUCAGAAUGAUACCAGUGAUCAGAUCAUUCAUACCUUCAGUCACAGGUGAGAAUAAAUGUAUUUGUUGUGAUCAAUUUAAAGGAAUCCAAAACAGUACUAUGCAGUUACAAAACUUGACCAAUUGCUUACAUGAAUCUUCCAGUGAUAUCUGUGGCUUACCUCAGACUAGUGCUUCUGUCUACGAUGAACUAGCUGAGGUAAGAGAGGCAGCUAGUAAUGUUUUCGAGAAUCACCAAGACAGAGCAAUUUUUCAGAGUUUGAAUGUUGACGAGUCUGGCUGCAAGUUAUUAGCAUUGCACAAUGUAGUGGAGGAGUCCAGAUGUCCACACGGAAACGAUUCCAGCCCUGUGGUUAUCUGCCAGUUGGAAGGAGGUACUCAAAUACUCUGUAUAAACAGUUGUGCCACACAAGAUCUAAAACCAGUUCAUCUAAUUCCUGAGUACCAGGAGCAACAUAAUUACUUUCAAUCAGAUGUGGACAACCCUGUAACAGCUGUACUGGGGCAGUUUUUGCCUGUUCCAGGUGAUCUGGUUCUGAAUGAACAAGAGUUUGAAAAUGGACCCUUACAACCAGUAGCUAGCACUGCAACGUUGCAUCUGGAAUCAAAUCUGCACAGGCCAGUGAAAAUUACCUCAGAGGGAUAUUGUGAUUGCUUCGCCAAUGGUGAUUUUUGCAACAACUGCAACUGCAAUAAUUGUUACAACAAUCAACUUCAUGAAAUGGAUCGAUUUAAAGCCAUUAAGGCCUGUCUUGGCAGAAACCCAGAAGCUUUCUUACCGAAGAUCGGGAAAAGGAAACUAGGAGAAAUUAAACUUCACCAUAACAAAGGAUGUAAUUGCAAGCGCUCAGGGUGCCUCAAGAACUAUUGUGAGUGCUUUGAGGCUAGAAUUAUGUGUUCCUCUAUUUGCAAAUGCAUUGGUUGUAAAAAUUAUGAAGAAAGUCCAGAUGAAAACAGCCAGUUGAAUGUGCUAAACUACAUGGACGCUGGAAAUAACGGAGCAGAUACCCCGGUUUUAACAUCAACAUUCAAAACAUUGCCCAAAUUGAAGACAGGCAGACAACCAGCUCUGUGUAUAUCUUGGGAAGAUGCGAAAGCAACGUGUGCUUGUCUGCUGGUGCAAGCUGAAGAGGCAGAAAAAAUAGGUUACUCUAUCUGUCUAGCUGAGCGGAUGAUCAUGGAGGAAUUUGGGAGAUGUUUAUCCCAGAUCCUACGUGCAUAAUUAAAAUCUAAAGGACUGAAAGCUGAAUAAUGUUCAAGUUAUUGUAAAGCAGUCUCCAAAAUUUUGCUACUUAAUGAUCUUACUUGGAUCUUUCAUAGGACUAAUUUCAUUGAUUUCACCUGAAUUCUUUCUGAAUUAUGCUGGUGUAAGUGAAACCAGCGCCACAUCCAGCAUUUUUCUGAGUAACUUAAUACUGUAGAAAGCUUAUUGUAUUUUCUACUAAACCAGAUUUUCCCUGUAGUUAGGACUUUCUGGGAUGAUUCUUCAGUCUUUACCUAGACUCUUAUUAAAAGUAAGCUUAACUUAAAAUUACUUUAUUGGAUGUUUAUGUGAGUGGAGAUGCAGUAAAAACUGAGUAAGAAUAUGCUUUCUUAGUUUGGUUAUUUUAUGAAUUGUGAAACAAUUCCAUUUUCAGUGGUAGUAGGAAAAUCUACUAAGUUUACCUUUGGGUCUUCUCUAUUUUGGCAACUUAUUUCUGCUGUUUGAAGAUACACUAUUUUUCAAAAAUAGAGCAAUGUUGUCAGUAGUUUUGGUAUUUGCUGUUGGAAAAAACCCACACAAGACUUUGUUCAGCAUUAGAUUUGUUAGAGAGAUGAGCCUCAUAAAGAACAGGAGAAGCGUGACCUCCUUUUUACUCCUAUUGUAAAAUACAAGAGUGAGUGAUAGGAAAAUCUUUUAUGUACCUAGCAUUUAGAAUUGAAAUUUGCUGAAUCCUACAUUUACAAUCCAGUUUCCCUUAAAGCUUUUGUUUAAUUAUUCAUUUUUCUUAUGUGGACACUUUCUCUGUGAUAUUUCUUCCUCUUCUUAUUGUCACUGUUGAGAUAAUAGUACAUUUUAUUUUUUCUAACACGAGUAAGCUAUUUGCUACUAUGUUUCUGGAAAAGCAAAAAAAAAAAUUAUAAAUUGUCGUCUGAAUGAACUGACAGAUUAUAUAAAAAUUAAUGCUCUUUGGUUUUAGACAUUUUAUGCUAAGUUAAUAAUAUGUGCUUAGAUAUUUUUGACAUUUAUGCUUCAAUGAAUAAAG